AUGGAAGCAGUGCUAGAUGUGAAGAAUGGUAAAGUGACGAAGAGAGAAGUCCUAAGCAGACUGUCAAAGGUAUAUGACCCACUGGGUAUUGUGGGCCCAGUUGCAGUUACUGCAAAACUGAUAUUCCAAGAUAUCUGCAAGGAAAACAAGGAUUGGGAUGAGUCAGUAAGCCCAGAGAUUGAAAUGAGAUGGAAGAAAUGGAUGCAAGCUGUUUCAAGGUUGACUGAACUCAAGAUUCCCCGAUGCAUUAUGCCAGCAAUCGGUGGACCAAGGAAGAUUUCAAUUCAUGUUUUCGGUGAUGCAAGCAAGGCUGCAUAUUGCACUGCUGUAUACCUUGUAUGGCACAAAGAAAACCAGUCAGGUGCACACCUUGUUACUGCAAAGACAAGGUUACCUCCAAUAAGGAAAGAGAUGACAAUACCCAGGUUGGAACUAACAGCAGCAAGGAUCGCAGCACGGUUGUUGAAAACAGUCAGAGAAACUCUAAAGAACUGGGAGCUAGAAGAGCUAGUUCUGUGGUCUGACAGCAGCACAGUGCUACAUUGGCUAGAGAAUCGAGGUCAAUACAGACAGUUUGUCCAGAGAAGAGUAGAUGAGAUACAAGCAUUGACAACGGAUGUAAAUUUAAAAUAUGUGCCCACAGCUGAGAAUCCUGCAGAUUUGGGCACAAGAGGAUUGUCUCCCCAGCAAUUAGAGCAAAGCAAGCUUUGGUGGAAUGGACCAGAGUUCAUAGUGGAUGGAAAUUAUCCCCACCAGCCUCACCUGAUCGAAACAGUUGAAAGCAAGGCUGAAGAAAGACAGUGUACACUUCCAAUUGCUGAAGAAGAACCAAGUCUGUCAAUCAACAAUUUAGUGCCUGCGGAAAACUAUGGCUCAUAUGGCAAACUGUUGAGAGUUACAGCUCUUGUGCUUAGGUUUAUAAGUUGCCUCAAGGAGAAGAAAAGGCCAGAUACUCAAAUGUUGCGUGUAGAAGAGAUCCAAGAGGCAGAAGAAUUGUGGAUAAAAGAUACACAAGUGAUGGUGAAAGGAAGAAAUAGUUACUCUCAAAUAAAGACACAGCUUGCAGUGAUAGAAAUCAAUGGAAUCUUACACUGCCAAGGACGUCUUCAAAACACAACACUACCAGUUGAAAGCAAGUUUCCAAUACUGUUACCCCAGGAUAGCAGAUUUACAAGUUUGCUAAUUUCAGAGUGUCACAAGCGUACAGGACACGGGGGAGUAAAUACAACAUUAGCGGAAGUCAGAAGCAAGUUUUGGGUCUUAAAGGGACGCCAGGCCGUGAAGCAACAAUUGCGUCAAUGUAUGGUUUGCAAUAAGCGAAAUGCAAAGCCAUGUGCACCACCUCAAUCUGGACAGCUACCAGCAGAGAGGGUGGUUCGAGGCAACCCGUUUAGUACAACCGGAGUUGACUUUGCAGGACCUAUAUAUUUGAAGAAUGAAGAGAAGGCAUAUGUUGCACUAUUCACAUGCGGCAUAACCCGUGCAGUACACUUGGAGCUCACAGAAGAUAUGACAGCCAAUGAGUUUAGAGGAAUGUUUCGAAGAUUCAUCAGCAGACGUGGAGCACCUGCUACAGUAAUAAGUGACAAUGCAAAAACAUUCCUUGCCACUGCAAAGCACUUGAAGAAGAUAUGUGUAGAGCAAGAAUUGCAGGAUUUUUUGUUGGCCAACCGCAUUGAUUGGCAUUUCAAUGUAGCUAAGGCACCGUGGCAAGGCGGCUUCUUUGAAAGAUUAGUUGGAAUAACCAAGACAGCAUUAUUCAAGACCAUGGGAAAGGCAAAACUAACCUUUAGAGAGCUGGAAAACAUGUUGAUAGAAGUUGAAGGAAUGAUAAAUAAUCGACCACUUACCUAUCAAACAUCAGAUUUAGAGGAAGAGCCCCUCACUCCAAAUCAUAUGAUUCAUGGUCAUCGACUAGCAAUGAUAGGAGAUGUCAAGUAUGACAACGAUGCAGAUUUUGAUGACAAGAACGUGAACAAGAGAAUAAAUAUUGAUGAGCGUCGCAAGACAGGUGUUGUCUUUGCUAUCAAAGACAAACUCAUGAAGAAACUUGACAGCACCCCAGAAGGCCUGAGUGAUCGUCUUAUGAGACUUAAGCUCCCUCUUGGCAAGAAGAGAUAUGCUACUCUCAUCAGUGCCUAUGCUCCCACUAUGACCAAUCCUGGUGAAAUAAACAAAAAGUUCUAUGAAGAACUGGAAGCCCUGAUCUCCACAGUCCCACAGUCAGACAAGCUCAUCCUCCUUGGGGACUUCAAUGCCCGUGUUGGCAGAGACCACCUAGUGUGGGAAGGAGUCAUCGGUCAUCAUGGUGUGGGGAAAUGCAACAGUAAUGGCCUACUCCUGCUCAGGACCUGCGCUACCUAUGGACUCGCCAUCACCAACACCAUGUUUCGUCUUCCAACCCGCAACAAAACUUCAUGA